CAGAGAGACGCCUCAUUUCCAGUUUUAGGUACAGGCCAGGCAAGGCAGGAAGGAGCUGCUGCAACUGCUACUGCUGAAAGAAAGAAAGAGCCCAGGCCCCGUCACUUUUUCCCGCCCGGAUUUCUCCCAGCCUCACCACCACCAACAACACUACACCAUCCUCCGUCUCUCUUCUCCGUCUCCGUCGCUCACCUCACCUCACACCCAGAAAUCGAUCUAAUUCGACAGCACAUUAAUUGGGAAUUCGAUAUACGAAACCUCUUCCCAUCGCAAUCAUCUUCAUAUAACUCCGUAGCCCAUUUAAUCUACAGCUUCAACUUCGCCUGGGCUUUCGCUUCCCCCCUCGACUUUUCACCCCAGCGCGGUGUCCCUGCCCUGCCCAUUGGUCGACCCGCCAAGCAUCCCCCCGUGCGCCCAGCCAGCAAGGCCCUCGAACCAAUUUCCCUCUCUCUCGUCUCUACCGCCCAUUGUUCCACCAGCAACGUUAAUACUCAACCCAGAGUUAGUGAGAGCGAACCACUGCGACAGGAAGACAAGUGAUUGCAGAGCCCGACGACGUCUCGACGAUAUUAUCACAUCCACAAACCCCGAUUUAGGCUCGAAAUAGCAUCACUUCACCCAGUAGCAUCUACCGCGUCAGCACUCGCUGGUCUUGGCCUCCAGCGAGUUCUUCACAUCCCCGCUCGAAAUGCCAUCGUUUCUCUCCGAUCAGGACAAUUCGACAAUCUUUAGCAAUAACCCCGACAUCCUCAACCUUGAUCCCACGAACCAGUUCGGUUUCGUCAACAAGGAGAGGGUGAAUGGGGGUUCUAUCCGCCACACCCGAUCCGACACAAUCAAUGAGAGCUUUGACGAGAGCUCCGUUUCCUCUACACACGCGUCCGACGUCUCCGACUCAACACCAGCGCCUAUGAAUGGCAACAGUAACAGCACGCGGCCUACGAGCAUGAGCUCUAAUUCUAACGGCAUGUCCGCUACGGCUACUCACACCCAACAAGACGAUGUAAACGGAGUCGGAAAGUUUGGGCAGCAGCCCAUGCCUAAUGGCACAGCGAACCUAGUCGACCGUACACGCCAGCACUCAUCCGAUACCAAUGGCAUCAAUUCCAAUACAGCCUCUACCAAUAAUCAUCAACAUAACAACAUACUAUCAAAGCCCUUACCUUCGGAACCCCAAACGACAGAGGGAGCUCCCGAGAAGCCCCCAAGCAGGAGCUUUGAUGGAAACCAUACACUCUCACUUUCUCCUUUCCCUGUAGAGCCGCGCGGUUCUCAGUCACAAACUGCUCUCUCGGCGAAUAAUAAUACGAACACCGAUGCGGCGCAGGCACUGCACCCUCGCACAAAUGGCACACAUCGGUUGUCAUCACCACCAAUUUAUAACCCGUCAAGUGCAGCAGCCUCAUCAACAGGACAUUUACAAGCGCCCCCUGGUCUCAAGCAACGACAUACCCUCGAUGUACCAAAAUACGUUCCGGGGCGCGGUUCAAAAGACGGAAUGGAUACAGCCCAAGCUAGUGGCCGCUUCUCCCCUACUAAUGCUGGAAGUUCAAGUGGUCGACGACCCUCUUUGAGUAUGGGUAGAAGGCCAACUCGAUCAAUGCAGUCAGAUGGACCACGGGACGAGAUUGUACCAGAUGAGGAUGCUCUUCGCUGGGCAGAGGCAUUGCGACAAAAGAGAGCUAGCAAGAGGAGGAGAAAGGAGGAGGAGGAUGACGAUCGCGUUCUUGUCGGUACCAAGGUCGAUGAGAAUCACGCCAACUGGGAGACCGCCUACAACAUGCUUACAGGUAUUCGUGUUUCGGUUUCGAGAACGAAUGCCAAGCUCGACCGAGAGUUGACAGAUGCCGAUUUUGAGACUAAGCAGAAGUCGACGUUUGACAUCGCCGGUAAUGAGCUGGUGCCGUCUGCCAAGUACGAUUUCAAGUUCAAGGACUACGCUCCUUGGGUCUUCCGCCGCCUCCGAGCUCUCUUCCGCCUGGACCCUGCUGAUUAUCUGAUGUCGCUCACGGGCAAGUAUAUCCUAUCUGAGCUGGGAUCACCGGGCAAGAGUGGAAGUUUCUUUUACUUCUCCCGGGAUUAUAAGUAUAUCAUCAAGACCAUCCACCAUGCUGAACAUAAGUUUCUCCGUAAGAUUCUUAAGGAAUAUUACCAGCACGUCAAAGACAACCCCAAUAUGCUUCUUUCGCAGUUUUACGGCCUUCACCGAGUCAAGAUGCCAUAUGGAAAGAAGAUUCACUUUGUUGUGAUGAACAACCUCUUCCCCCCACACCGGGAUAUUCACACCACUUUCGAUCUGAAGGGCUCUACCAUCGGUCGAGACUAUAGGGAAGAAGAUUUGGAGAAAAACCCAAGGGCGACCCUGAAGGAUCUCAACUGGCUGAGGCGACAGCGGAGCCUCGAGUUGGGUAUCCAGAAGAAGCGCAUGUUUCUUGAGCAACUACAACGGGAUGUUGCUCUCCUGAAGAGACUUAAGAUCAUGGACUACUCACUACUAGUUGGCAUACAUGAUGUCUCUCGAGGGAAUGAAGAAAACCUUCGUGACAAGACACUGCAAGUUUUCAACCCCGGUGGUGAGAAGUCCCCCGACGACGAGCCCAACUCGGUCCUCCUUCGCACACCAUCCAAAUUGGAGAACCAACGUAAGGCUAGGGAACUGAGACAGAUGAUUCGCCAGGAGCGACCAGUACCUAUGGGCCAGUCAGCAAACAAGAUGCCUGAUGAGUUGCAAGAAGGCCAGCAUCGACCUGGAUGGGUCUUUGGUCAGGACGAUGGUGGAUUCAGGGCAACCCAUGAAGAUAAUACUCCAGGGGAUGAGAUUUACUAUCUCGGAGUCAUCGACUGUCUCACUCACUAUGGAAUUAUCAAAAAGAUUGAGCACUUCUGGAAGGGCUUAUCAAGUGACAAGACACAAAUUUCAGCACUACCACCUGACCAGUAUGGUGACCGGUUCUACCAUUUCAUCGAGGGUGUCACCAUGUCCACCGAAGAGGCUCACAGGGAGGCCGAGAGGAGACACCAGGAAAUGAUUGAAGCUCAACGUUCAGAAAACAGAGUGUCAAGCUGGAAUUCUCGGCGCAGGUCGUCUCAGGCCGUUCCACCGAUGCCAACCCAUUUACCACCUCCACCACCUGGCCCACGAUCUCCGGAAGCUCAGGAAACGCUCGAACGGGCUAAUAAGGAGGCCGAGCGCUCUGAGAGGCAUGGAUAUACCGAGAACCAGGUUCCAGACCGAGUCUUGACUACCGGCACUUCUAGGGACAAUCGCGACUCUUUGCAGCAUGAGCCUAUCUUGCCCGUCGUGCAGGAGGCAGGUGAAAAUGGCCGUGACGACACCGAGGCCAGGCCUCUGAGAUCCUCUAAAGACCUCAACAAGAGCCUCCCUCCGACGAGAGCACCGCCCCCAACUCCUCCCAAGUCAGGAUAUGCCGGACCCGGAAGCGCAGAUAGUGGCUAUGCAGGUCUCAGCAAUGGCACAGGUCCCGCCAAUCAAGGACAGAGAGUGAGCAUUGAUAGUCUCAAUAAAGAGCUGCCGCCAUUACCGAGGAAGGAUGGGACAGACGACAAUGGAGUACGACUGGUAGCUUAGGUUGCGACCAAGGUCAAACCAAGGAAUCACUUCCGGGUUUGUCGAGGAGGACAAAAGAUGGAUUCACGAUUAAGAAAGCGAACGACGCAGAUACAUACACAAGGUUGACGAGCGACGGAACCAUCGCCAACCACCAAUGAUGCAUUAGAAAAGCGAGACACCUGGCGACACCCCCUUAUUCAUAUUCAUAUCAUAUUCUUAUGCUGGACCAUUCCUUGACCAGCCGCGCACUAUUUCCUUAUUGUUAUUCUGUCAAUCAACAUUUUUGGCAUACUGGACUCGGCCUCGGCCUAUGAAAGCAAGUUUCUAUUUCAGACACAUUUUCCUUUGUCAGCGACGAAGCAGAGAAGCACUCGGAAAAGUGGUGGGUGAGCCGUAUCGCCAGGUUGAAGCGCGGUCGGUGCCUCGGGAGCGAGUGCAGAUAUGGUUCCUUUUAUCAAAAAAGAAGAAGACAUGGAUGAUACCACCACGCUUAGCACGCUACAGUCUGUUUUUUUUUUAUUCACUUUUCUUCUGGUCGUUAAUCAAAUCUUUGUUGACUGGCCCCUUUUCACAUGAUACUUCGUUUUUGUCAUAUACUUAUUGUACUCUCUUGGUUUCUCAUCAGCUGGCAGGGCUUGCACAGGCAGCGGCUUAGGUAGUAGGAAUAGAUAGAAAUGGUAGGAUAAAGAUUUGAGUUAGCUCAUUGGGAGGAGUGGGUGCGGCGUGUGAUGUGAAGGUGGUACAGCGAGUGCAAUUGCAGCUGUGAUUGUACCUUUUGGGGUGUGAGUUGGUGAUAUUGUGGUAGUUUACAAUGAUAUAAUACAAAUAUGUAAAACAAGUAAUGGCCUUUUGUGAAGCCUUUUCCGUGUCCGUUGUCUCAUUCAUCCAUCAUCUUGUUCCUCCAAUCCCGUUACUUCUUCUGAUCCAACAUGGCCUGGAUAUCGCCUACACCCUUGCCCUUCUCCCCAGCACCACCCUCUGGCGCAAAACUCGUCGUAACCGUCAUCUCCUGUGCACCCUGUGCCCUCAACUCAUCCAGGCGUCGCUUCUUCUGGAUAUCCGCAACCCUCCACUGCUUGAAGUACUUGACCCAAGCAGCUGCACAGUCCCUCUCAAAAUCCGCCGUCUCAACUGGACAAGCCUUCUUUGUCGCUGAUGGAUCCUUGGCGGCGUCGACGAUGUUGUGGGCGUCUAGACAGUUGAAGUAGGCAUCGCGGGCGGCCCAGCAGAUCUUGCGCUCUUGACGGUUUGGUAUCGCGUCGCCGGAUCGAAUGGCGUCUGCGCGGGAUUCGCUUGAGAAUGGCCAGAAACCCAUUGCGUGUUUGUAUUUUUGUGGUUUUUAUGUGAGAGAGUUAAUUGGUGAUGGUGAUGAGGGCGGGACACACGGGUACAAAAUCUCAUGAGCCGUGU